AUGACACUUGCGGUGCGGGCCAUCGUCGAGCUCUUCCGUAUUGUAAAGCGCGAAGAUGAGGUUCACCGGCAAAUUCUCACCUUCUCCGUCUCGCACGACCACCACGUCGCCACUUCAAAGAACACACCCGAGCCGGCCAAGGGUUUUUAUCAGGACUGCCUAAUCUUUUAUGCAGAUGACGAGGAGACCAUCAUGAUGCCGCAGGAUGAAGAGAUUUUCCGAUCCUCGCGGAUCUUAAAAAGCUGA